AUGAAGGCGUUAGGAUGGUGGUUGAUUGUGGUUGGGACGCUGAGAUUAGCCUCCGUGUGGUUCGGUUUCUUCGACAUUUGGGCACUUCGACUCGCCGUCUUCUCUACUACUACCAUGACUGAAGUUCAUGGACGCACAUUUGGAACGUGGACACUGUUGACCUGCACCCUCUGCUAUAUUUGUGCAUUCAACCUUGAUAAUAAACCUAUUUACCUUGCUACUUUAUUGUCAUUUGUCUAUGCGUUUGGUCAUUUCUUGACCGAAUACCUAAUUUAUCAAACAAUGGCAAUUUCGAAUCUCACUACUGUCGGCAUAUUUGCAGGAACAUCAAUAGUAUGGAUGCUAUUGCAAUGGAAUGCACACCUGAAAGUUCGCUCGAAGCCUUCUAAUAGAAAGCAUUAG